CCAGUAACAGGUAUCCUUUUUUUUUCUUUCUGUAGGCAUCAAGAAGAUGAACUUGAAAAGGAAAGAAAAAGAACAGAAAAAUACAGGCAUAAAGCCAAGAAGAUAGAGGGCAAAAGAAAAGACAUAGAAGACAGACUACAUGCUGCUAAUAAUGAGUCAAUGGAGGUAUCCAAAAAUCUUCAAGAUGCCCAUGAGUGGUUCAAAUCCAAGUUUGACAAUCUUCAGACAGAGUUGGACAAGUCAAGGAAAACCCAGGAAACGUUACAACGUGCCACAUUAGAGAGCAGGUUUGCACUGCAGGAGGAGAGGCUGAAGGCUGAUGAACAGGCAGAGAAGGCCAAACAAAUGAUCAGGGAGAGCAGAAAGAAGAUUACGAGACUUGCCGACUACUUGGAAGCUGACUCCAGGGACCGUUCCAGGGACACAAGUCAGCGAGACAGAUUUGACCGACUGGGCAUCUUAUGACACUGUGUAGACACAAA